GCCUAAGAGCAUAGGGGAAAAAAAAAAAAAAAAAAAAAGAAAAAAAUUCACAUGUAUUUAUAUAAAAGAAAAUAAAAAUGCUAAUCGCUAAGAAAGGGGGGUGGGAAAAAAAAAAUCAAAAAUCAAAAAUCAAGACCACAAUGCAACGGUCAGGAGCGCGAAGCUUCCCUUGAAUCCUACCAACAACGGCAAAUCUAAAGCCCUUCUUACUCACCAAGCAACUCUGCCUCACUCCUUCUGUCUCUGGAUUUCCCUCUGAUACCUAUAAAAGGGCUUCCAACCUCUCAUUCUUAGUCACCAAGCAACUCUACCUCUCUCUCUCUCUCUCUGUUUUUCCCUCCUCUGAUUCUCUCUUCGUUCUUGAUUUUCUCUCCGAUCCGAUUAUCUUCGUUGUGAUUUUCCUCAUCGUUCUGAUUCCAUCUUCGUUGUUGUUGAGAAUGGCGGUUUUGGCAGCGACGAGAGUGGGUGUAGUUGAGCGAAAGCAGCGAAGAAGAGCGACUACAAUUUGUUCCUACUGGCUGGCCGGACGAUGCGUCAGAAACCCUUGUCGCUUCUUCCAUCCACUUUCUCAAUCUCCUUCCCAGCCUGCUCCAAUCCCUAACAAACGCCCCCUUGCGAUUUCUGAAGCCCAUCCGCACAAACCCACCAAACGGUCACCGUCGACUUCUUCUUCUACUUCUUCUUCAGUCAGGCCCUGUGAGUAUUGGAAAUCCGGCAAUUGCUUCUAUGGCGAUUGCUGCCGCAACUUGCAUUCCUGGUUUUGCGCAGACGAUUUCUCGAUUUCCUCCAAACUCGCCGGUCACAAGAAUGGUAUCACCGGCAUAGCCCUUCCUCAAGGCUCGGAUAAGCUCUUCACGGGGGAUAGAGAUGGCAGUUUAAGGGUUUGGGAUUACCGUUCUGGUAAAUGCACCCAGAAGUUCGACCUUGGAACUGAAAUUGGAUGUUUGAUCUGUAAAGAUUCGUGGAUUUUUGUGGGUACUGUGGAUUGCGUUAAGGCAUGGAAUUUUGAAACCCAUUUGGAUUUCAGUCUCAGCGGACCUGUUGGUCAGGUUUAUGCUCUUGCUGUGGGUCAAGAUGCUCUUUUUGGUGGAGCACAGAAUGGGGUUAUAAGCGUCUGGAAGCUGUCAGAUCCUGAAAAUCCUGGUUUUCCAUUAACUGGGUCUCUGGAGGGCCAUACUUGUGCGGUGACUUCGCUUGUUGUUGGUGCCAAAAGGUUGUUUUCUGGGUCCAUGGAUCACACUAUUAGAAUCUGGGAUACUUGUAGUUUGCAGUGCGUUGGGACACUGAAUGGGCAUUCUGCUGCUGUUAUGUCUGUGAUUUGUUGGAAUUGUUGCUUGAUAUCUUGUUCUAUGGACAAAUCAAUCAAGGUUUGGUCAACAACCAAAGAAGAUGGGACUGUGGAAGUAAUUUAUACUCAUGAUGAAGAAUGUGGUGUGCUUUCACUUUUCGGGAUCCACGAUGCCAAUGACAAACCUAUCUUAUUGUGCUCUUGUGAAGAUAAUUCUGUCCGGUUGUAUGAACUGCCAUAUUUCUUGGAAAGGGGAAGGCUUUUUGGCAAACAAGACAUUCGAGCCAUUCAGACAUCUGCUAAUGAUGAAGGGCUAUUCUUCACUGGUGAUUGGACUGGUACGCUAACUGUGUGGAAGUGGGAUAGAGACCCCAAGAUUGAGGAUCUUCACAAGCGACUUAAAGUUUAGAUUUUUAUUUUUGGUCCUGUAUAUUUUUUUUCGGAGAUCUGAUUAUUUUUGUUUCAAAUGACAAAUUGAAGCAAUCUUAGCUUCAAAAGAACUGUAAAUUGUUUUGAUUCUGACUUGUAUAAAUCAACAUUCAUUUGGAAAUAUAAAACUCAUGUCUAUGUAAAAUUAUAGACAAUCCCUUUCAUAAUAUAAUUCUCUGUUUUUUAUUAAUUUUUAGAUUAUGUUUAUAGAUAUCUAGUUGUUUUAGAUUAUAUUUAUAGGUUUCGAUGAUGAAUCUGUUAUCCACCGGUGCAUACACUGCGGAUUGAGGAAGGGGGUUUAGGGAAAUAUACUGUAUAAUUGUAGACUUUGUAUGCAUAAACUAAACUUGUCACUAAAAUUUAGCUGAUGAGAAAGAGUAGGGGUAAAAGUUUUCAAAAUUAGGGAAGCCGAUUGAUGCAGGGGCCACUUGGUGUGCUUGAUAUAUGGAGGCAAUAACUUCUUACCCCUCCAUUUUGGGAUUUUUUUAUUUUUGUUUACUCCCUCCAUCAUCGGCUUUUGGAUAAAUUUCAAAUGGUGUUACAGUUUUGUUGCUAUGCACUUUUUUUCCUUUUGUUUUUUAUGGUCAAUAUUUCUGUUGCUAUGCUACAUUACUUGUUAGGGAAUUCAGGAGAACAUUGUGACUUCGGGCUGCUGUUUGUAAAUCAUAAGUUGCUGUACACUGUUUGUCAACACUCCUGAUGUGUCCGUAAAUCAUAAUUUGCUACACGCGGUCUGAACUUUAUGUUGACUCCACUGUGAAGAAAAAUUCUAUAGACGUUUAAUCUAAACAAGCGGUUUGCAUCUCUUACAAUGGUCAAUCCAGUAAGGCCAGAACUCUGACAACAGGGAGGUACAAGUGACCGAACCCUUCCAUCACAAAUCUUAUGCAAUCUUCAUACCAACAGCUGGAAGCCAGUUUGGAAGAUCAUUUUUUUUUUUUAUUUUGUCUCCCAAGAUAAUUUAUUUGAUCCCAUAUUGUUUUUUUAAUCCAAGUUCUUAAGCAACUAACUGGCACCCUUUUCAUCCUCUCCACCAAACAUAUUUUCUAAAUUUUGAACACCAAAUGAUGUAGUAUUAUCUUAUUGGGUGUAGUUACAUGAAUUUUAGUCAUUAAUUUUCAAUCCAAUAACACAAUCAUAUAUAAUUUUCCAUCAACAAAUUAGCCAUUUGAAACCCGUGGCAAGAAUCUUUACCCCCGCGGCUGUAACAGUGUGCAUGUUUUAGAGAAAACAUGCACCUCUAGCAAAUGGAACCACGCCAAAUUGCCCUAUCAGUUUCAUAAAAUCACUAGCCCUAGCAAUAACGAGUUUACAAAUAGCACGAAAUUAGAUCCUCCCAAGAUUUACAAUACUUUCUUCAAAUAGCCAUAAGACUCUAAUUGACUUCCCAAUAUACAAACUUUACUACCACUGACCACGAUAUAUAUUGAGACAUCGGCACCAAAACCACCCCAUAUGUCAGUGUCAACAUCAGAUAAGUAACUUAAUAAGAAUUUGUUGCGAACUUGGAACAGAAUUUCAUCCAAUGACAAAUUAAAUGAACGUUGGUCGGAAAAGAGCAUUGCUACUCCGUUCCUUGCAUAGGAACCAUCAUAUGUUGGGCCUGUGACUGCAUUCAUUACACAAAACAAAUACAAUGUUAGAAUAAACAAAUUAAAUGCACUUUCUUUUAUUUAUUAAAAAAAAAAAAAAAAAGAAUCUGAGGGAGGCAGACUAGAAUCUGAUGUUAUAUUGAAAAAAGAUGGUCAAAAGAUAAGAGAGACCUAUAAGAUGUCCACAUACAUAAAGAUAAAAGACUGGUAAACAAAACCAAACUGCUCCUCACGGUACAUCUAACAAAUAUACUCCAAUUCUAGAAUCUUUUAAAUAUUAUAUUGACAUUAGAAGUUUUACCAUAUCUAAUUAUCCAUCAGUUGUGGGGAUCUCAAAUCAUAUACAAAUCUAUUUGCAGUUUGACAAGAAGAUGUAAUAGCUAAGAUGCAUCAACAAAUUUGUUUCUCAGGAAUGACUACCAUAAUUGUCCAACCUAUGAAGCUAGGCUCAGAGGUCACACACAAGAAGAGAGUCAUAUCUCUGACACGCCACAUUUUACUACCAACAACAAUAACAGCAUAACAAGUUUAUUAAACUUUAAUUAUUUUAGGAGGAAAAUAAAUCACAAUCUACCCAUUCUAAAUGCUCCAGCAAGAAAAAAUGCACAAAAAUUUUCUGCCAAAUAUCCAAAUAGACAUGCACGUUUUAAACUUUAAAAAAUUAUAAACCCGAUUGCAGCCAAGUAGAUAACAUUCAUGUCAGAGUGUUUUUAAAUCAUAGCACCACACUACCUAUUUUACAUAAAAUAUGGUAUUCAAUAAGAUGUAAAAUCGAAAUAUAAAGAGUUAACAGCUUUUUGCUUAUUCUACAAAAAAUAUAGCAUUCAACAGGUAAAAUGAAAUAUGAAAGAUUAUUAAGCCUGUUUUCAUAUUUCCAGAACAAAAUUUACACCAUAAACUUGAAAAGCCAAUUCCAAAUACUAGGCCCUCAUCACAAAUUCAUGAUUACACAGGAAGAAUGUCUGGAAUGGAGUUCUAACCAAAUUUACAGGCUCUAUGCUAUCUAUGAUAUACGCCUUUGAUUUAUAAACGAACAGUUUCAACCAAGGACAAUUAAUAAUGGAGAAUUAUAGAAUCAAUGGAAAAAAAUUACAUGAAAUGCAACUAUAAUUGUUUUAUCCCCAAUUAAAAUCAAAUGCAAUAAAUAAGACCCAAUUGAAAUUUAUUAGAAUAACACGCCCAAAAUAAAAUGAAUCUAAAUUUUCUAUAGCAAAGUAAAUUUAUGUGAUAAUGGGAUUCCCCUAAUGGACAACUACUGCACAAUCAAAUUUAUUAUCACUCACAAAUUCAUUUUUACCCAUCAAACAAGAUCUUACUAAAUCGUGGCUUUAUAUAUUAAACUUUCACCACUACAAAUUUCUUGAAAAGAUCAUGCAAAUAAUAGAAUCAAACUUGUUUAAUAUAUUUUACAUUUCAUAUUAGUAUAAUUUAAGCCCUCUGUGAUAAAUUUUUUAAUUUAGUCCAUGCAGAACAGUCAGAUAUCUUAAACCCAAAAGCUAAUAAAGAAUGUCGAGGAAAAAUUUAAUAACCAGAGAAGUAAGUAGGAAUAAUCAUAAGGAAGCAUAAUAGAACAAUCCAAGAAAAAGCUACAACGUUGGUUAGAAUGAAUAUGAAAAUUAGUGUAUGUUUGGUACACAAAAUAUAUAAAGGAAUAAAAUAGCCACUUCAAAGAUUAGUUAUUCCAAUGUUUCGGACACUUCUUGUUCCCAAGAGUACCCAUACCAUUGUGAGAGCUAUUCCUUGAUUUUAAAGAAUAAUUGUUCCUAUUUAAAACUCUAGAAUGGCAUUCGUUCAUUCUAAUAUAGUUAAACUUUAACUUAACCAAAUUUGUAUUUUUUUUUUUUUGGGGGGGGGGGGAAGAAUUCCUAUAAAGGCUCAGGAUUGAAUUCAAUAAAAUGUUAUAAUUACACGAAUGCAUAUGAAUAGUUAUUCUUUUCUAGGCAUCUUUUUUAACUAGGAAUAACUAUUCCUAUUCCAUUAGAAAUAGCCAAUCAAUAUACCAAACAUACCCUAAAUUACAAGAACAAUCAUUCUUAACAAGCUUAAGAAGAACAUUCUUAUUGACUUACUAUUUUGAAAAUUUGCAUGAUUAAUUUAUUACUACAUAAAAGUAUAAGAAAGUAAUUUUAAGGCUUGCAAAAAAAGAAAAUGAAAAUUUUGGAGCCGUGCCAAGAUGGCAAAGGCACAGACAACAUUAAUAAGGGAAAAAGAAAAGGAAACCAUAAAUCUGAAAUGGAAUGUUUACUUGCAAAUAAAGGAGACCAAAGAAAACCAAUGGAUCUUUAUCUCUAUUUCAGGAAGAGGUAGUGGACCAAACUAUUGUCAACAGUGUUAACACUAACCAUAUUAACAACUCCAUCAUUACAAAGUUGCUUUCUCAAUUGGCUUUUUCCAACAAGAAAAAAAGACAUGCCUUUAAUAAAGCAUACAACAAGAAUACCUAGGGAUUAGCACUUUCUACAAAGCUCAAAAUAAGCAUUGUUUAGAAAUGUCAAAAAACCCUAGGGGGCUAAUUCCCCAAGGAACCUUGCCCUAGGUGGUUUUGUACAGGGGCAAGACAGAACAGGUAAGUUAUUAUUUUCCCAUCCCACAUAUAUAAAUACAUCUCAAUCUAUUUAUUAUACUAUUAAUAACCCAUCUCUAAAAAGGGUUUGGGUGGGGCUCUAGCCCCGAUUAGGGAGUAGGGUCAAGGAGUAAAAACCAGCCUCACCCUACCUCAGCGCUAUUCUUGACAACUAUCUAAAUGCAUUGACUAAUACCAUGGACAUUAAUGGUCCAAACCAAAUCAAUAAGUGGGGAUGUAUUCUAUGAUGCUAGCAGAAGAAUCGAUUGCCUUAAAAAGUAGCAGCUCUCCCCUCAGUAGAGUUGAAUUUAGCCCUUUCAGAGCCAUCCUAUAACUGUACAAAUACUGCUGAAAUUAUUAGGUACAACAUUUACAAAAAGCAUAGCAGAAGAAGUUGGAUUCCCAACAAUGCGUAACAUUCAUAAAGAGCAUCAUUGCCAAAAGCCUAAAUUGAUGCUUCUACAGCAACUUCAACAGCAAACUAUUUAUGGUCUGUUUGAAAAAUGUGAAGCAAAAAUACAUAAAGCGUGACCCCUUUUCAUAGAUCAAUUGGCAGCUUAUCUAACAUUUUAGCCAUAUCAUUAUAUCACACAGAAAAUAAAAUAAAAAUAAAAUAAAA